UUCAGGGGAGGGGGGGGAACCCAAAAAUUUCCCAAAAAAUUGUAGCUGCCUCUUAACUGUUUGAUUGGUGGACCAAUUGCCAGCAGCAACUGAUUAAUUUCAACAAGCCGCCCGUUAACACAGUUCCUGUUCUCCUUGUGCUUUCUUUAUUCAUUCACCAUGAGUCAUCAACACGGGCCCAAUUGCAACCACGAUCACGAACACGAACAGACACAGCAAGUCCGUACAAUUCAAGUGUCUGAGCCUUCCAAGGCACCUGCCGAUGUCCACAUCGCAGCCCAAUUCUUAAAAGAUCCAAAGAAGUCUGGCAUGAAGCAACGAUUUGGUGUGCUCAACGGAAAGCGAUUUGAAUACUUUAAAGGAAAAUCUGCCAUCAAUGCAAUGCUCAAGGAGACUUAUAACAAGAAUACACCAAAAGGGAGAAGAGCCAUCACUACUCGCGAAGAAGCACAUCAACUUUUGCUGGAUUUGGAAAGUCCAGGUGGUAAAGGAACCCCAAGAGCACUGCAACCAAAUCAACUCCAAGCCAUCAAUGAGGACUGGUAUUAUAUGUGGAUCUGGGAAGGAUCGCAAUUAAAAUUGUAUAUAGGAGCCGCUGCCCUUGUGGCCACUGUUCUUGCUGCCGUCAUGUUCCCUCUCUGGCCAUCAUUCCUGCGACUGGGUGUUUGGUACCUUAGUGUCGGUGUUCUCGGCCUCCUUGGCGUAUUCUUUGGUAUUGCUAUCAUUCGUCUUAUUCUUUUUGUUCUCACCAUGUUCACUCUGCCACCCGGUAUUUGGCUUUUCCCCAACUUAUUCGAAGAUGUUGGUAUCGUUGAUAGUUUUAUUCCAUUCUGGGGCUGGGAUGAACCAAAAAAGAAGAAGUCAAAGCCUGAAACUGAAACUGGCGCCGCAGAAUCUUCUGUAACGGACACCACCACUAAUGCAGCAGAAGCUGUCGUUGAAAAGGAAGAUUAGCGACAUAAUAUACAUUUGUUUUUCUUACUUUGUUCCGUUCUCAAAAUUCAUCAAAAUACAUUCUAUUCUAUAUAUUACAUAAGGGAGUCCUAGCUGCAAACGUGUAUCAAACUCAGAAGCCAGGCCUGGAUCAGCAUCAAUGGCUGCUCAUGCUUCCUAAUCAUCUAGCAUGUCUAGUAAGAUUUUGAAUACCCUGGAUUGUAGCUUCUUGAUCGCAGGGUCAUUGGUGCUGGCUCGAAAAAAUGGGACAUUGAGCUAUUGACU